AUGAAUUCGAAACAUUCCUAUCAGACGGUAUUUGAUUCAGAUCUCUACGUUAGAAUGUGCAGCCUCCGCUAUCUAGUGCUUCUUGGUUGCGUGUUUCUUCUAAGUUUUCUCGCUGAACCUAUUCUGAGUGUCGAAGAUGAUGGUUUUCAACAAGCCGAUGAACUUGAACCUGGAGGAGUCUAUCAGUAUAUUCCCGUGAAGGGACACAAUUCAUUUGGAAAGUUCAGACGAUCAGCUGAUUACCCGUCUGCCUACGCCAAGCGAGCCCAGUUCUUGAGAAUCGGCUAA